CCGACCAGGGCCCCAGGCUGGGGAGAAGUCUGCAACCUGGGCCUGUGCCCUUGACUAGAAUCGAACCCAGGACCUUUCAGUCUGCAGGCCGACGCUCUAUCCACAGAGUUACACCGGCCGGGGCUGGAGGUCCUUCGUUUUCACAGCUGCAGAGCAUCCCGUGGUGUCAACGUCCCACAGCUGUUGUACCCACUGGUCUCCUGAUGGCACGUGGGCUGCGUCCAGGGUCCCACGGCGGCGGCAGCAAUGCUCACGGACCCUGUACAGGGCCGUGUGGUCUUUGAGGACGUGGCCAUCCGCUUCUCCGGGGAGGAGUGGGGGCUCCUGGAUGAGGCCCAGCGACGCCUGUACCACAACGUGAUGCUGGAGAACGUGGCCCUUCUGUGCUCCGUGGGGAGUUGGCAUGGCGCCCAGGGUGAGGAGGCACCUUUGGAGCAAGGAGAUUCUGUGGGAGAAUCACAGGUCAGGACUCCAAAGCCAGACCCGUCCACCCACAAGGCCCAGCCCUGUGAGACGAAAGGCAUUUUGCAACUGGCUGAGCGUGAUGGAAUGUACCCCGAUCAGGGCCUACCCAUCUGUGGGACAGAUCUCUACCAGCAGCAUCUGGAGCAGCCGGGAGACCACGCCUCCGGAAGGGGCAGCGUCCCCCUGGCAGAGAAGACCUUCCUGUGCAGCGAAGCUGGGGAGGGCUUCCCAGCCGCCCCGGGGCUCCUGCAGCACUGGGCUCCUCACAACAGAUGGAAGCCGCGGGGGGGCACCAAGUACAGAGAGACCUUGGAAAUGGGACGGAAUGAUCACAGGUGCUCUCAGUGUGGGAAAGGCUUCAGCCGGAAACAGAUCCUCGUGCAGCACCAGAAAAUCCACACGGGAGUGAGGCCGCACGCGUGCGGCAAGUGUGGCAUGGCCUUCCUCAGGAAGUUCCACCUCGUGCAGCACCAGCGGGUCCACACUGGGGAACGGCCCUUCGAGUGCAGCGAGUGUGGCAAAUCCUUCAGGUACAAGUCCACCCUCAUGGGCCACCAGAGAGUCCACACCGAGUCAGGCCCGUCUGAGUGCAACAAAUGUGGGAAACUCUUCAAGUACAAAGCCAACCUCGUGAAACAUCAGAGCAUUCACAAUGGAGAAUGGCCGUACGAGUGCCGAUUGUGUGGGAAGUUCUUUAAGUACAACUACAGACUCGUCAGACACGGGCGAGUUCACACUGUAGAAAGGCCCUACGAGUGCGGGGAAUGCGGGAAGUUUUUCAGGUACAGCUCGACGUUCGUGAGGCACCAGCGGGUUCACACCGCAGAAAGGCCUUACGGUUGCCGGGAAUGUGGCAAGUUCUUCCAGUCCAACUCCACGCUCGUCAAACAUCAGCGAGUCCACACCGGGGAAAGGCCGUACGAGUGCAGCGAAUGUGGGAAGUUCUUCCGCUACACGUCCACGCUCCUCAGACAUCGGAGAGUUCACACUGUCGCAAGGCCUUACGAGUGCAGCUUAUGUGGGGAAUUCUUUAGGUACAAGUCCAAGCUCGUUAAACAUUGGCAGAAUCACACCGGGGCAAGGCCGUACGAGUGCAGCGAAUGUGGGAAAGCCUUUACGUACCACUGCAGACUCCUCAGACAUCAGAGAGUUCACACUGGAGAGAGGCCAUACGAGUGCAGUGAAUGUGGGAAAUUCUUCCGGUACAACUCCAGCCUCCUGAAACAUUGGAGAAAUCACACUGGAGAGAGGCCCUAUGAGUGCAGCGAGUGUGGGAAAGCCUUUAGCCACAGACACAUACUUGUUGAGCAUCAAAAAAUCCACACUGGAGAAAGGCCCUACACAUGCAGCAAAUGUCAGAAGGCCUUCGUUCGGAAGUCCCACCUUGUUCAUCACCAGAAAAUCCACAGCCAAGACAGGCCUGUGAGAGGCGUGAAGGUGAGAAAUUCUUCGGCUACAGCUCCAACCUCAUUAAACAGAAUUCAUGCCGGCAAGGAGCUCAGGAGUGCAGAGAAGACGGUAAACCUUCUGGAUACCACGCUAAACUCAUUCCCCUGGAGAAGGGACUUACGAGUUCACACUGGGUUAGGGCCUUCGGAAUACGGUGAAUGCGAGAACGCCUUUAAGUGCAACUCCCAUCCCGUGACACAUCAGAGAUUUCAUGAUGGAGAAAGACUGUGAGUGCAGUGAAUAUGGGCACGUGCUCAGCCAAACCUCCAGCCACACUCUGGCACCAAAGAUUCAUCUCAGAGAGAGUAUAGCAAAUGGUGAAGGACUUCAGCCAAAUGUCUGCUCUAAUUUAUCCCCAGGAACUACUGUAAUGUAGUUUUUAGUCUUAAUUUUACGUUUUUAAUUGUGGUUAAAAUGCCUGUAACAAAGUUUACCCUCUAGCAUUUUAAUGGCACAGUUUAGUCAUGUUAAAAAUUCACACACACACACACACAAAAUUCACAUAUUUGUGUAACUAAUCUCCAGUAUUUUUUUUAUCUUGUAAAACUGAAACUCCAUACUCAUGAAACAGCUCCUCCUACCCUUGCCCUACUGCACCAGGCAACCACAUUCUGCUUUCUGUCUCUCUGAAUUUGAUUCCUGAGGAUAUUUCAUAUAAGUGGAGUCAUACAGCAGUUGUCUUUCCAUGACUGGUUGCUUUUCUGAGCAUAAUUUCCCCACGUUGAAGCAUUUGUCAGCAUUUCCUUCUAGUUUGAGAAGGAAUCAGGGUUGACCCACCUAAGACAUGAGGAAUGGCGCUGCUGGAAUCAGUAGAGCUUUGCCAGAUGUUAGGAUAUUUCUACAGGAAGGGAGAGCUAGAUUUUGUAUGGACUCUUUAUUUAACAGUUUUAUUGAUACAUUAACAUAAAUGGCAUUUUUUUUAAAGUGUAAAAUAUAUUUUCAUAUGUGUGUACACAAGGGGACCAUCACCAAAGUCAUGAUAAUGAACAUAUCCAUCAGCCUGUAGUUUUCUUUCUUAAGUAUUGAUUUUUACGGAGGAAGGAACAUUGAUUUUGUUGUUCCACUUAUUUAUGCAUGCGUUGGUUGAUUCUUGUAUGUGCCCUGACUAGGGGAUUGAACCCACAACCUUGGCGUAUCGGGAUGAGGCAAUAGCCAACUGAGCUACACGGCCAGGGCCAGUUUUCAUUGGCCCCUUUAUAGUCUCUCCCAGUUCUGCCCAACUGGUCAUCCCCAGAUACACACUAUAGUUUGCAUUUCUAGAACUGUAUAAAAUAAAUCCUACAGUUACUCUUGUAUAGCUGCUUUUACUAAGCGCAUACAUAUAUAUAUACAUUUUAGGAUUAUCCAUGUUGUGUGUGCAAAAGCAUCGCAUCCAAUAAUAAGCACGGCUCUGUGUUAUCGCAGUGGCACACGUAUAAACAACACGGUGCUUCUACAUUCUGACAAUCACUCUGAGAAGAGUUGUUUAGAGUGGGAAAGUGAAGUUUAACCCUAACACACAAGUUCAGUUUCAUAUGAAUUCAUUAUCAAUAAAAAAUUUUGAAUCA